UUGCUGGGUCUCUCCGUCUGUCGUCGAUCUCAGCCUGGGAUGGCCACUUCUCUGUCUAUCACGGAUCAGCUUAAUGUUUAGCCUAAGAUACACACACACACAGACACACACACACACAAGGGAUUAAAAAUCCACAGGGAAACGUGCUGUCCGAGGAUGGAGGCGCGCGUAGUACAUGAGAGGAGAGCACAAGGUGGCGGCCACUCAGGACAUGUUGGACACAAUGACCCAGCAGAAUUUUGUGACAGGGUUUCCAUGUGUUCCCUCUCUGUGUUGGCUCGUCUCUACGUGUACGCGUUGCACGGCUGCCUCUGUGAAGUGACUUUCACUGCUGUGCUGGACUGGUGCACCAUCCAGGACAGGAAGAUGAUGGGAUACAGCAGCCUUUGGGCGCUGCCUAUGUAUGCCACUGCAAUCUAUCUGAUGGAGAAUCUGAGAAGCUGGUUGCUGACUCAUCUUCAAGGACUCUCCGUGCGUCUGAUAACCUACACGCUUUUCAUCUACCUGUGGGAGUUCACCUGGGGGAGCGCGCUCCGGCUGCUGGGGGCUUGUCCUUGGGACUACUCGGGUUAUAAAUACAAUCUGGGAGGAGUGGUGACUUUGGAGUAUGCACUACCUUGGGCGUUUGCAGCCUUCUUAGCAGAGCAGCAUGUGAUCAAAAAUACUCUGAGGAUAAGAAUGUGCAAGUGAACGUUUAUUGCUACCAUUUGGGCUUCCAGCAGCUGCUAUCAGCAAUUAUUUUGGAACAAAGGACAUUAAAGCAAAUUUAUGAUCCCACCAUUGUUUUUAUUUAUAUGCAGUUAUGUUCAACUCCUUUUCCAUGUAUAAUCGGUUUUUCAAUUUAUUUUUUGUUUUUAUUGUUCUGAAUCAGAUUUUUUUUCUA